GUUACUCAAAGAACCUAAGCCAUCGAAAUUUUGCUGCAAUUAUAUACAAUAUGAUAUGAUUUUUCAUUCGUAACUUUCUUCUCUUCCUUUGUUUCUUUGUUUAUUUAUAAAAUCACGCUGCGGUUAGAUCAGAUCCGAUCUGCAACUUUCUUCGCCAUGGAUUUCAUGAAGGUCUUCGAUCAAACCGUUCGAGAAAUAAAGAGAGAAGUGAAUCUGAAGGUGCUGAAGGUUCCCGAGAUCGAACAGAAGGUGUUGGAUGCAACUGAUAAUGAACCUUGGGGUCCUCAUGGUUCUGCACUGGCAGAGAUUGCACUGGCUACCAAAAAAUUUACUGAAUGUCAAAUGGUCAUGAAUGUCCUUUGGACAAGAUUGACUGAAACUGGAAAAGAUUGGCGCUAUGUUUACAAGGCAUUAGCUGUUAUAGAGUAUUUGGUAGCACAUGGGUCUGAACGUGCAGUUGAUGACAUUAUAGAGCAUACAUUUCAAAUCUCAGCACUUUCUAGCUUUGAAUAUGUUGAGCCUAGUGGUAAGGAUUCGGGACUAAAUGUCAGGAAGAAGGCAGAAACCAUUGUGGCCCUUUUGAAUAAUAGAGAAAAGAUACAGGAAGUGAGAAAUAAAGCUGCUGCAAACCGUGACAAAUACGUUGGAGUUUCUUCUAGUGGAAUCACGUACAAGUCUGGGUCAACCUCAUUUAGUAGUGGCAGCUAUCAGAGCAGUGGUAAAUAUUCGGGCUUUGGUUCAAAUGAUGGUGAUAGGUUUAAGGAUAGCUACAGAGACAAGGGAGACUAUGAAGAAGACAAAUACAUUAGAAGAUCACGAAACAUCAGUGACGAUGAAGAGAACUCCUUCAAAAAGGGUACUGCACACUCUGUCAGCAAAAGUCAGGAGAAUGCACCUUCCAGAGUAUCUAAGUCAUCUACUGCUAAUGCCCAUGAUAAUUACAGUUCAGUUGCUUCUCAAAGUUCAAGUGCACCUGCAAAUAAUACCGAGGAUGAUUUUGACGACUUUGAUCCAAGAGGAACUUCUGCUAAGCCUUCGGCUGGAAGCUCUAAUCAAGUUGAUCUCUUUGGACAAGAUUUAAUCAGUGACUUCAUGGAUGCUCCAACAUCUGUUUCUACAGAAAAGGCUGCUGCUAAUAGUGUUUCAGAGGUUGAUCUAUUUGCAGAUGCUUCAUUUGUAUCGGCACCACCUAAUGUGGACAAGGGAGCUAGUUCUCAACCUCAGGAAGAAGUGGAUCUAUUUGCAUCACAGCCAGCCAUUCCUUCAGUUACACCAACAGUUGACUUGUUUUCCAUUCCUAAACCAGUUGCGCAGCCAGACAAGAAGUCAGGAAAUUCUUCUUCGGCGAAUAGUAUCACUUUUGAUCCCUUUGCUGUUUCUGAACCAGUUGUGCAUACAGACACAGGAAAUUCGGCUCCUGUGAAUAAUAGCACUUUUGAUCCCUUUGCCAUUCCUGAACCAGUUGCGCAGCCUAACAAUAAGUCAAGAAAUUCUGCUCCUGCAAACAAUAGCACUUUUGACCCCUUUGCUGCGAUUCCACUUAAUAAUUUUGAUGGAUCUGAUGUUUUUGGUGAUUUUACUUCUCAACCUGAUUCAGCAUCUUCACAGACCUCCAAUAAUGUUGCCAGUGACAUCAACCAUGAUAAGAUGAAUGGUAAAACUUCAGUAGACUCUAAAGUUUCACCUAAAAAGGAUCCAUUCCAGGUGAAAUCUGGCAUCUGGGCAGAUUCACUUAGCCGUGGACUGAUUGAUCUCAAUAUAUCUGGCCCCAAGAAAGUAAAUCUUGCAGAUGUUGGGAUUGUGGGUGGAUUAAGUGAUGGAUCAGAUGAAGUGGUGAAAGGCCCUCCUCCACCUUCAUUUUACAUGGGUAGAGCUAUGGGUUCCGGUUCUGGUCUUGGUAGAUCUGGAUUCACUCCUUCACAGACAGAAACCGGAAAUGACAUGUUCUCAAGCCUUAGCAGCCAACAAUAUCAAUUUGGUGGAUUCCAGAAGUAAAAUUCUCUGAUUAUAUACUCAUUCUUUGUGUGCCGGCAUUACCUAGACUUGAGCUUCUUGCCAUUGUGGGUUUUUGUAUUUUGUUUAUGUAUAUUUCUCACACUGCUGUGAUUUUAUUGUACUAAAGGGUAAGAAUUUACUAUCGUGUUUUUCACCCACCCUGAUCGGAUGCAACAUCAUCGUGCAGUGCCCAAAGAUUUGGUGGUAUUGCUUUGAGUUGUAAAAUAUUAUCUUCCGACUUUAGGUUGCUGUCUUUUUUAAGUCCUUAAAUUCGUGAAGAUCAACUUAACAA